UAGGUGGUAGGUUAUGAUUCUCAUAACAAACAUCAACAUCCAGCCACGAAAUUAUUUAUUUACUCAUCUAAAAACCAGUAAAAAAAAACAUGUCUGAUUUAUUUUGCUGCAACGAAGUCGUAAAUAAAAUAGUCUACGCAUUUCCAAUCCUCAAUGGCCAGAUAAAUUCCGACUGCACUGAUGAAGAAUUCAUCAAAAUAUCAAGCGAACUAAAGAAAUUCAAUGUCACAUAUCACAUAAAGCAAUUAGUCAUCGAGGAAAUGAAACGUCACAUCCGGGAAAAAAUAGUUCCCAAAUUUUGGAACGAAUUUCGGUCCAUCGAGACUGAAGUCGAUGUGGAAAAGUUUGGAUUUGAAAAAUUCAAAUGCGCCGUUGAUAAUUUGUACUCAGACUCAAUCGAAUUCUUGCCAUUGCUAAAACGAUUGGAAGAACUGACUGACGUUAAUGAGUCUAAUUACUUAUUGUACGGGCAAAAAAAUCAUCUGGCGCAAUUCAAAUUAAUUUUGCGCGCCACGUUAUCAAACCAGUUGCCGCUGUCACACGAAACCAUCAUCGAAUUAUUUUACAAAGUUGCGUUCAAUGUUUUCUGCAACACUGACGUCUCUGAUUCAAAUGAUGAUGGAUCGGAAUGUCGUGGCUGCAGUAAGGAACUGGAUAAUUGCGAGUGCCAGUCGAUUGUAUUCAUGUUUCAUGACACUAAUAGGAAAUUAAUAGAACUAGAAUUACUUGAGAGAUUAGUCGGCAAUGUACUGACGUCAUUGAUUCACAUACGAAUCAAAGAACAUGUGCAUCGCAUGUGUGAUAAAUUAUUUGAUGUGUCUCAGCUCAAUACGCUGGAUAACUGGCUUGAAACAGUUGUGUUAAGCUGGUUAACAAGAAUAUAUUCCGGCGGUUCAUCAAAAACAGAAAGUCUAACUGAAAACAUCCGCGAAGCAAUAUUUAAAUUCAAAAGGAAAUUAUCCCACUAUUUAUAUGAAACUUACACUAAAAUAAGAAUCGAACAAUUAUUCGAUAUAAUAAUCGAGUAUCCCGACUCACAGCCAGCGAUCGACGAUCUAAGGAUUUGCUUAGAGCGGACCGAUUUGCAAAAAGCUUUGAUCGUCAAUUUACAAAACGCAUUGAAGACUCGAUUGCUGCACGCAGGUGUCAAUACCCCAGACAUACUGACCGCUUAUAUAGCAGCGAUUAAAGCGCUGCGUCAAUUGGAUCCAACUGGAGUUCUGCUAGAGACAGUAUCAGAGCCAAUAAAAUCAUAUCUACGCAGUCGUAGCGAUACCGUGCGUUGUGUCGUCAGCGGAUUGCUCGAUGAUUUUCCAAGCGAUUUAGCCGACGAGUUGGUCAAAGGCGAGUCUCUGCAACUGGACGACGGGUCAGCCGAUGAAGAGAAUGAGGACUGGGAAAAAUGGAUGCCUGAUCCCGUUGAUGCUGAUCCCGCUAAAUCGACUCAGAGACGAAUGUCGGAUAUAAUAUCAAUGCUCGUUAAUGUCUACGGCAGUCAAGAUUUAUUUGUCAACGAAUACCGCACCCAAUUAGCAGAUCGUUUAUUAUCACAAUUAAAUUAUCAUACAGAGCGUGAAGUUCGGCAUCUUGAAUUACUCAAGCGUCGGUUUGGAGAAAAUCAAUUGCAUUUUUGUGAAGUUAUGCUCAAAGAUAUUUACGACUCAAAGCGCAUUGAUGGAUUGAUUCAAUCAAAUGUCAAUUACACGACAGAAAAACCCCCAUUUGCAACCUCGGCCUUGAUACUUUCCGCGCAGUUCUGGCCGCCGUUUAAAGAAGAGUGGAAAUUGCAGCUGCCUAAAUUUGUCCAGGACCACUUGGACAAGUAUGUAAAGGCUUUUGAAACCUUGAAAGGCAACAGAACACUGUGUUGGAAGCCGCACUUGGGUAACGUGCACCUGGAAAUUGAACUGAAGGAUCGCAAGCUUGAUCUCAAUGUUGCUCCGAUACACGCGACUAUCAUCGUUUUGUUUCAAGAUAAGAAUGAGUGGACUAUUGAAGAAUUAUCAGAAGCAAUGCACAUACCGGCGACGGUUAUCCGCCGCAAGAUAACAUUCUGGGUGUCUCAGGGUCUGCUGAAGCAGACGUCGACUGACGUGUUCCAUUUGCAGGAAGAGAGCACGACUAAGAACCGCUCGGUCGCGGAAAUAAUCGAAGAAGAAGAAGUGGAGAGCGCGAUGGCUUCAGCGAGCGACCAGCGGGAAGAAGAACUCCAGGUCUUCUGGUCAUACAUCGUUGGGAUGCUGACGAAUCUCGACUCGAUGCCGCUGGAACGGAUCCACCAGAUGCUAAAAAUGUUCGCUUCCCAAGGACCCGGUGCUGUCGAGUGCGGGCUCCCGGAACUAAGGCAGUUCCUUGAUAAAAAAGUUCGCGAGCACCAGCUGCUUUACUCUGGAGGACUCUACCGUCUACCAAAAAUCUAAGUCCUUGUAAAAAGUUUUUUUUU